GUCAGUCAAGGUGACAGCUGACAGAUGUUGUCAAAAUCACAGAUGUUCGCAGUUGUUGUGUAAUAAUUUUGUGCGGCUAAAAUUGCAAUAAAUUGCUUUUGGGAAAAGCAGAAUCAUGUUUCAAGUCAUCAGAAGCGUAGCGAGUUCAACUAGGUCUAGUUUAUCUAGAUCUCUGCCUGGGUUAUCAACAUGUAGCUCCCGUUUUGCCUCUGGUGAUCCAACUAGCAAAAAAGAGGCUCCCAUAAUCGAUAACGAAGCAAUUCUAGCUGCACCUAAGGAUAAUGUAGCUGUGGCUGACUCUAUUGCAGUACCAACCAAGGUUGACAUUUCACCUAUCACUGGAGUGCCUGAGGAGCACGUCAAAACUCGCCGAAUCCGCAUCUAUCAGCCCCCCAAGAAUGCGAUGCAGAGUGGCACCAACAACAUCCAUCACUGGGAAAUGGAAUUUGACACCCGCCAACGUUGGGAAAACCCUCUCAUGGGAUGGACUUCCACCGGCGACCCUCUGUCCAACAUGAAAAUACAGUUCGCCACACCCGAUGAGGCUAUCGAACACUGUGAGAAGAACGGCUGGAGCUGGUACUUGGACGUACCAAAGACAGAGAAACCCGAAAGACCCAAGAACUAUGGCGCUAACUUCCACUGGAACCGACGUACCAGAGUCUCCACUAAGUAGACAUGUUAGUAAAAUGUUGAAUUUAUUUAAUUUUUAGAGAUCAAAUAGUGAGUUAUAGGUGUAAUUCACUCCAUUAAAUAUUGCAAAGCA